CGUUUGUCUCGUAGGGAGAGGGAUGCUAGUUCCUGUCGUACUUAAAAAACCCCAUUCCUUUGCUCUCGAACAAUCCAGUCUUUCCUCAAUCUACGCGCCCUACACUUCGUGUUGGCCAAUUGUUUGGCCUUUCUCGUUUCCUCUCUUGGUCAAUUGUUUGUUCCAAAGGAGAAAAAAAAAAGAAAAAAAAAAGGUCUCUAGCCUGUAGCCAUGGGGCUGCUAUCCGAACUAUCGUCGCUGCUCUCCGUAUUAAACCUCGCCAACUUCGGCGGCUUCGACUAUUCUUCCCCAAGUCUAUCUGAUACCAGCCUUGGGACAUUGCUGGGAGCCGAAACACAAGGCGCAUCAUCACAGUUCUUACUACAGUUCGACACGCCGAAACCCGCACGGCGAUGGUUAGCGAGACGACGAACCUCAUCGCCUUACGUCUCCGCCGAGGGAACCUGUCCAGUCUGCCAGCUCGCCUCAGUCUUCACCCUUGUCGGCGACCAACUCUACGCCGACAAGAAGCUUGUGGCGGCGAGUGAGGGCGCCGACCAUGAGCGCCUUCUUGAGUACUCGGCCGACGCGAGUAUCGACAGUGGCUUCGGCAUAGUGGAUAAUCACCUCGAAUGGAGGCAUCCGAACUUCACCAGUGAAGCGGCGACCUUCUGCCUAUCGAAGGAUAACGACAUUCACGCCGUGUUUAACCUCGCCGCAAUACCUGCCGGCUGCGCUCCAGUCAAUCUAACCUACGUGCCAUACACUCAAUGCUUUCCAUCCAUCACUUUGGUCAUAGAAGUCGAUACCAGUGGCAGUGGCAGCAGCGACGGUGGCAGCGGCGGUGGUGGUCCAAAUUCACUGGCUGCACCUGCCAUAAUACCGGGUGCCCCGAACCCCCCGGGUACCUCAGGUGCUGCCCCAGGUGCUGCUCCACACACAUCAACUCAGCAAGGAUCGCCGGGGUCCGCAGAUGCACCACCUGGCUGGCAAGGCAGCAGUGGCUCGCAACCAGCAGUGGAAUGCGCCCAGUGCUCGUCGCCACAAGGGCCGCAGUCUGGGGGAAUACUUGGGGAAGACCCUGAUGGGGUGGUUGUGGUUGUGGGAGGCGGCGAUGAAGGGGGCAGUGGCGGCUCUCAACCAGGAGCAGGCUCACAACCAGGAGCAGGCUCUCAACCCGGAGAUGGCUCCCAACCAGGACCGGGCUUUCAACCAGGGUACGAUCCUGCGGGCGCAAAAGGAGACCCCGGAGCGCCGGGACCGGAAGGUCCAGCCGGCCCCCCGGGUGCCACCGGACAGGCAGGCGCCGACGGCACCGACGGUGUUGACGGUGCUGACGGUGCUAAUGGUACCAACGGCGCCAACGGUGCAAACGGCCACAACGGUGCAAACGGCCACAACGGUGCAAACGGCCAAAAUGGAGAAAACGGCGCGCCUGGACCUCCUGGACCUCCUGGUUCACCUGGUCCGGCUGGCCCGGCUGGCAACAAUGGCUCUGACGGAGCGCCCGGUGCACCCGGUGCCACAGGCCCUGCAGGCCCUGCAGGGGCAAACGGCAUCGAUGGUGCCCCAGGUCCCGCCGGGCCAGCCGGCCCUGCUGGUGCCAACGGUGCUCCGGGCCCGGCAGGUACCAACGGUGCGCCAGGCCCGGCAGGUACCAACGGCGCCCAAGGUCCUGCGGGUGAUCCAGGUCCUCAAGGCCCGGCCGGCGCCCCAGGCCCGGCCGGUCCGGCCGGUAUAUCUGGCCCCUCGGGUGCCACCGGACCAGCUGGGCCUACGGGUGCUGCCGGCCCACCCGGCCCAGCCGGAUCCACCGGCCCAGCGGGAGACACCGGUCCACAAGGGCCAGCCGGCACCCCAGGGCCACCCGGACCAGCUGGCCCUACGGGCGCCACCGGACCAGCUGGGCCUACCGGUGCUGCCGGCCCACCCGGCC